UCUCUCUCUCGUACAUUAUAUAAACACUUCGUUUCAGACAACUUUUCCUUCACUUCCUCGUCUUUUUCUUUGUAACCCAAAAAAAAUAAAAAAAUAAAAAAAUAAAAAAUUGGGGAUCGAAACCCAAGAAAAAUGGGUUUCCUUCCAUUCAAAGCUCUGUUCCUGAUUCUGUUUUUGUUUUCCCACCAAACAAAAGCAGAGGAUUUAAAUCUCUUCAGCAAUGGCAGUAGUAGCAGUACCAUUUCUUCAGUGCCCAGAAAACUUGCUGGAAAAUGCAACUGGUUUCGAGGUGUUUGGGUUUAUGACCGUUCAUAUCCUCUCUACGAUUCCUUUUCUUGUCCUUUCAUAGAUCCAGAAUUCAACUGCCAAAAAUAUGGUCGCCCAGAUAAAUCUUACCUCAAAUAUAGAUGGCAACCCUUUUCUUGUUCCUUGCCCAGGUUUGAUGGUUUGAAUUUCUUGGAGAAAUGGAGAGGGAAGAAGAUUAUGUUUGUUGGUGACUCACUGAGUCAGAAUCAGUGGCAAUCUCUAACUUGUAUGCUUCAUGCAUGGGUUCCCAAAUCCAAGUACACGUAUGUCAAAAGAGAUGGUCUAGCUUCGGUCACAUUCGAGGACUAUGGAGUUAAGAUACUGCUGCAUCGCACUCAGUACCUGGUGGAUCUUGUAAAUGAGAAGGUGGGACCAGUAUUGAAGCUCGACUCCAUAAAGAAUGGUGAUGGAUGGAAAGGCAUGGACAUGCUGGUAUUUAACACGUGGCAUUGGUGGACCCAUGCAGGAAGAUCUCAACCAUGGGAUUAUAUUCAGGAGGGCAAUAAAUUGUACAAAGAUAUGAACCGUCUUAUUGCAUUUUACAAAGGGCUAACAACAUGGGCUAGGUGGGUCAACCUAAAUGUUGAUCCUUCCAAAACCAAGGUCUUCUUCCAGGGGAUUUCUCCUACCCAUUAUGAGGGAAGGGAUUGGAACCAACCAUCAAAAUCAUGCUCUGGGCAGACACAACCAUUCUUUGGUACAAGGUACCCAGCAGGCACACCCAUGGCUUGGGUUGUUGUUAACAAAGUGUUAAGCAGAAUCAAGAAACCGGUAUUUUUGCUAGAUGUUACAAUGCUUUCUCAAUACCGGAAAGAUGGGCACCCGUCGGCUUACAGUGGAGAGCACAGUGGAACUGACUGCAGCCACUGGUGCCUUCCCGGGUUGCCAGAUACUUGGAAUGAGCUACUCUAUGCGGCUCUUUUCCGUUGAUGAUCAACACUAUGAUCUGGGCUAUCUAGCUAGCAGGGUUUGUGUUUAGUCAUAUUGAUCUUGAUGGAAACACUUUGUUUCUGACAUUAGGGAGGAAUCUUUUUUUUUAAAUUAAUUUGCAUUUUAUAAUUUGUUGUGCAUGUGAGCAAUAAGAGGGGUUAUUUGGUUGGUUGGUGCUUCAAUUGUAAAUUUAUAUUAUUUGGGCAGCAGGAUGCCUUGAUUUGUAUUCUAGGAAUUGUACCCUUCAAAUUAUAAAAGCUCAUAUUUUUCUA